AUGGAAAAGUUUUGCACAAAUUUGAGAAAAAGUGCCAAAGAAGAACGCGUUUUACUUCAUUAUAACGGCCACGGUGUUCCAAAAUCAACACCAAGCGGAGAGAUCUGGUGUUUUAAUUUUACACAAUAUAUACCAGUAUCCUUAGGCGAUUUACAAUCAUGGCUCGGUUCUCUAUGCAUUUAUGUGGAAAAUAACCGACCUGAAUCUAGCAUACCUUUAAAUAUUCAAUUAGCAGCAUGUGAUUUAUUCACAUCUUGCCUAACUUCCCCCAUUGAAAUUGCUUUGAGGUGGAUCGUUUUACAAAAUCCGUUACCAUCAUACCUCACCGUUGACAUGGUAAUGAAACUUCCAGGUAGAUUGCAAGACCGUCGUAUACCUUUAGGAGAAUUAAAUUGGAUUUUUACUGCAAUUACCGAUACGAAUGAUAAUGAGACGUUAUCAAUGUCACAUCCAGAAUUACCACCAACUCAUGAUCAUUCAAUGUGGGAUUCAUGGGAUCUAGCUGUUGAUAUGUGUUUAGCACAAUUACCAGCGUUAUUAAGUGCCGAAAAUGGUGGCACAGAAGUCGAAUAUAAACAUUCAACAUUUUUUGGUGAACAAUUGACAGCAUUUCAAGUGUGGUUAUCGAAAGGAUCUGUGUCACAAAAACCACCAGAACAAUUACCCAUUGUAUUGCAGGUGCUUCUUAGUCAAGUGCAUCGACCGAACGACACAUUGAUUUCUCUGGUUCUUCAACAUAAUAAUCUUGGGCCUGGAAAAAUGAAAAAAUUAGUGAAGACGACUUAUAAUAUCGUUACAAAACAAUCGGAAAAGUUUAAUUCUGCUGUCAUAUACGAUAAAUAUGGGUUCAAGCCACUUGAAAGAUCCUAUCUUUUGCGGAUUGACGAAAAAGUAGUUGAAAGGCCACAAUACAUGCUUAUGCGUGUGGCUGUUUGCAUUCAUGGCGAAGAUUUCGAUGCAGCAAUUAAAUCAACAAUUUAA